GGGGUUCGCGAAUUCAACACCGGUCUCGCGCUCUGCCAUGAUCAAUCUCGUGCAUGACAGCUAUUGUCCUCGCGCAUGAAACGCAACACCUGCACGACUAAACUAAAGCGACAGAAGAAAGCAUGACAGAUAAGGGUAACAUCCGAAACGAGGAGGACUAUGUUGGAGAGAUCAAAGGGGGUCUACGGCCGACCAUGAGGCUGAUAGUGAUGGGUAUUGUUCACAAGCAGCCAAAAAGUAUGAUGGUGUUAGUGUCAUGCCAGCCUAAAGGAGAGGGGGAUGAGGAAAUCGAGGGUGAUGUGGGUCUGGAGUUAAAGGUGAACUUUUCAGAAAAGGCUGUGCAUCGUAACGCUCGCCUCUCAGGACAGUGGGGCACUUCAGAGACGGCCCUGUCUUUCUUUCCCUUUGCUCCAGGAGAGCCUUUUAAGAUGGAGAUUGUGUGCGAGCACCAGCAGUUCCGUAUUCUGGUGGAUGGGCAACCGUUAUGUGGUUUUUCUCACAGAUUGACUCAGCUAGCAUCUCUCACUGCUCUUAGAGUUCACGGAGACCUACAGCUCACCAAAGUGGCUUGAAAAAGAGAGGAAUUGUCUGCCAUUAUGACAGACUAAUCAAUGAAGCAACUAAACUAAGGUUUUAUAACCCAGAGCGUACUGUACACGAUUGUUGUAAAGUUCCAGAACUCCAUCAGAUCAUUUGAAAUCUUUACAACUCAUUUCAGUUGGAUCUGUGUUUGUUUUGGUAAAGGCUAAUUAGCGAUUUUCUUUUUACAUUUUCUCUAGUUAUUUUUAUUUGCAGUGGAAAAUGAGCCUGUUCAUUUUAAAAGAUGAUUGUGUGUUUGUUUGGACAUAUUUGUAGAUGUGCAACCAGCUGUAGUCUACAAAACAGUGGCGUUCUAAAUUAAAAUUAAGAAUUAAAUAACUAGCUCAGAACGAAGAUAGUUUUUAAAACACAUAAUGUACUACCUUUUUUGUUUGCUUUGUGAUUAGAUAUAUUAGUUAGCUUAUUUGGCUCUUUGAUACAGAAGCGAAAGUGCCUUCAUUUGUUCCAUUAGAUGCACUUAUACGUAGAAGACUUUAGGUGUGCUGUAGCAGUUAUUGGUGUUCAAAUUAAUUUGUAUUUACAUUUACACAUUUGGAAGAUGCUUGUAUCCAAAGCAACUUGCAUUGCAUUCAAAUUAUACAUUUGAUCAGUUCAUGCAUUCCCUGGGAAUUGAACUCUUUGAGCUGCAGGAAUGUAUCAACAACAACAUGCUUUUGUUUGACUGUCUGAAAAAUUAGUUAACAACAGAAUAACUAAGAUAAUAGUUUUUCUGUUAAUCUUUUCCUCAUGUGAAUGUACCGCAUAACAGUUUAAAGCAUUCAUAACUGACACCUGAAUGUUCACUUUAAAAUGCAGUUCGCUGCAAUUUAAUUGGUUUGAGGAAAAAGGACUCAAAGUCCAUCUGAAGCCUGUACUUGGUGCUGUCAAUCUAAACACUUAAUGCUGCAAAUGAAGCAUAUAUAAAAAACUUGAAUGAUUAGGUUCAUAGCAAGGUUUACUUGAAUAUCUGUUAACACCUAAUAAUUGCAAUAUGUACUGUAAACACAGUAAACUUUUCUUAAAGAACUUUUAAGAACAUCUGA